AUGGCGCCUCUAAGAUCAAUAGAUGCGCCCACCAGGCGGCGUUCGGAAGAGUCUUGGAUCGAGAUCGAGUCACGGCCUUCUUCAUCCUCCCUGUCCUCUGCUACAGACGAGAUCAUUACGACAGGCCUCACUGUCCAGCACGACUCGAACUUGCACAGGCGAAACCGUCGUCUGCGAGCCAGCAAACAGUUCCAGACCAGCACGGGCCACAGGGUUGCAAACACGGGCGAGAGUAGUAGCCAGGAGGAGUAUGAGGAGAGCGAAAGCGAGUCAGAUCGGGUACUGUCAUCGUCGACAGAAGGCCUAGGGCAUUCGCCACUGGGACAGGAGGUUGGCCGCGCGAGUCGCAAUCCGCUGUCUGUCGCGUCGUCAGAGACAACGUCGGAGCGAGAGGACGACGACGAAGAUGACGAUGAGAACGCCACAGCCGUCAACUACCCUCGAUCCACAAGACGGGAGUUUCAACCUCGUCCAAACGCGUUCUCUCACGCGAAUGAGCCACAACCUAUAAGGCCACAGUCGGGAACAGUGUACACCCCUCGUCGCAACGCCAGACCCUCGUCACAGCGUCAACAUUCGUACCCACAACACACACCCUACAAUGUUCUGGCACCAAGCUACCAACCUGACCACGAUGAGGCACUUCGUGCAAGCCUAUCCACACUUCUGUCUGCUGCUGCUGCCGUGCGAGGCCUUCCGAAACCGGGCCAGCCUCGCACAGUGCCUCCUCCGUCAUCGGCUCGACUCGAUCCAACCACACUACGUAUGGUACCAGAGUCUGUCGCACUGGGCGAUAUAUCUGAAGAGCCGUCUUCGCCACGUACUGCAAGCAGCUGUCCGGCCGGCAAGUCCAAGCGGAAGGCGAGCCCACCCACUGCAGCCGCCACACGAAACAGCAGCAAGGACCGCCGCACCAUGAAGAAGGCACGCAAGACUAGCCUCGUCAUUGAAGAGAUUAGCCCUACACUUCUCACUUGGGUAGUCAGUGCCGGUGUCGUCGUCCUCAUUAGUGCCCUGAGCUUCUCGGCUGGCUACGUCGUGGGCAAGGAGACUGGCCAGGCCGAAGCCGUUGGACAGAUGGGUACCGCUGGUAGCGACGCAGGACGAUGCGGUAAAGAAGCUAUCAAGAGCACUGGACUUGGUCUCCGAAAACUCCGCUGGACUGGUGGUACUGGUAUCCGUGCCUGA